GUAACGCGAGUGGACUCUUUCCGCAGUUGUCGCAACUUUCAACAAACUGUUUAGUUAACAAACUUAAUCGACCGCUUUCGGAGUUUGUCACAUCAAACGAUCGUCGAAAGUGAAGUGCAGUGCAGUGCGAGUGCAGUAGGUACAAGAAGGUGUUUUGUGGGAAAUGCUAUCCUACGCAAUUGCUGCAGUGGAAAUGCUGCUGGAACUUUUCACCGAAGGCUGUCGGAUGGCGAGGCGUGAAUUUCACAAAAUUAUGAGCUAUGCCAUCCGACGAUUGUUGCGUGGUGCAAUGCACGUGUUCAGCUGGUUCGUUAUUCCCUACUCGUACGUCGUCAGCACCCGGAUACGACGCAAGCAUCUGCCACCACUGGACGAUCCACUGCUCCAGAUACCGGCCGUAACGCUAGCCGCCAAAAUUCGAAGCGGACAGAUCAAAAGUGAACAGGUCAUCACCGCCUACAUUAAUCGCUGCCGCCAGGUUAAUCCUAUCUUAAAUGCUAUCGUGCAAGACCGCUUCCAGCAAGCUCUGGAAGACGCCCGGCGGAUAGAUCAGGAAAUUGCGAGUGGUAUGAAAACUGAAGAACAGAUGGCGAAAGAAACACCCAUUCUCGGUGUGCCCAUCACCAUCAAGGAAAGCCUAGGAGUCAAAGGUAUGAGUAAUACGGGUGGAAGAAAACUGAAGAAAAGGCGAAUUGCUGAACAGGAUGCUCCCGUAAUCCAACAAAUUAAAAAGAACGGAGGUAUCAUAUUACUGGUUAGCAACACUCCAGAACUUUGCAUGUGCUGGGAAACUUACAAUAAAUGCACCGGUCUAACAAAAAAUCCAUACAAUUUAAGGCGAACAGUCGGAGGCUCUUCGGGUGGUGAAGCAGCUCUAAUAAGCUCAGCCGCAUCGCUGAUGGGGGUUACCACGGAUAUAGCAGGAUCUUCGCGGCUACCUGCCGCUUUUGUGGGUGUUUUUGGUCACAAACCGUCACCUUUCGUUGUAUCACCAUAUGGUCACCAUCCAUCGUGUGAAGAUGAAACGUGGGGCAACUUUUUCACCCCAGGUGCGAUGUGCCGAUACGCUGAAGAUCUUCCGCUCCUCUUGCAAGCAAUGAGAGAUCCCGAGGGAACCACUGUAUCCUUAGAUACAGAGGUGAACCUCACAGACCUGAAAUAUUACUACAUGGAAAAUGAUGGUCCAACUGGUUUAACCGAACCGAUUCAACCGGACGUACGGGCCGCCAUUGAAAAAGUUGUAAAUCAUUUUAACGCAGAGAAGGUUAACAUUAAGCGACUCAUUUGGUCGCUGGACAUUUCCAUGUGUAAAAUGCUACGAAUGAAGGAUAUCGAAACCAUCUAUACUCUGCAGACUGAUGAUCAACCAAAUACUACGUUUGGCAAAGAGAUUCUCAAGUACCUAUGCGGAUGCUCUGAUUCCGAUUUACCGUCGGUAGCCAUUGGCCCGAUGCAACAUAUCAUUCAGAAUUAUAUUCCCAACUCGAGGCUAACAUUUUUGGAUGAACAAACCGAACUGCUGCGAAAGGACUUUAUCGAUAUGCUCGGAACGAAUGGAAUUUUCAUUUACCCUGUAUUCCCAAAUACUGCCCAUAGACACUUCGAAAUCUACCACAAACUGGUCGAUACGAGCUAUCUCAUGGUGUUCAAUACGCUUGGACUUCCGGCAGCGUCCUGUAUGGUGGGACUGGACAGAAAUAAACUGCCCAUGGCUGUACAGAUAAUUGCUAGUCCCGGUCAAGAUCACCUGAUUUUUGCAGUCGCCAAAGAAUUAGAACGGAAGUACGGUGGCUGGGUGCCACCACCGGUUGGCAAAUAGUAAAUGAAUGAUCGGCGCAUCCGUCGGUGCUAGUGAUAGGCUAUGGUGACCACAGAACACUACUGUGAUAGGUUAAGUGAGAGAUAUUGUUAUUAUAUUUUUUCAACUGUUCAGCUGUUUGAUUCUACUUCGAAAUUAAUCUAUUCAGAUAA